AUGUCCACUCCUGAUCAGAAUGAUGACGACCUGAUGAAGCUGGUUGCAGCUCGUGCCGAGAGCUCGUGGACGAAUGGUAACUUAUCGUCGUCCAACAUUGAUGAUGACAGUGAGUCUCAGUCUUAUACGCCGAGCCAAGCUGCCAAUUGUACAAUUUCCCCGUCGACGUCCAACGCAAAUUCCAAUGCCAACUUGGAGUAUUGUGACAAGGAGCACCAGUUGGAGAUCCAAGAUCUUCGAGAAAGGGCUGAAGCAAGGAAUAUGAAAGAAGCAGGUAAAGCCUGUGCUGUUGCUGGAAGAGAGGAUGACCCAGAGGACGAGAAACUGGCUGCCGAACUGAUGCUGGAAGAAACGAUGCUGGAGGAGAAGAAGAAAGUCAAGCUUGAGCCUGCAUACGGCGAGAAAAGGCAGAAGGGAGAGAUCAGCUCUGAGACGGAAGCAAACUCUGAGAGCCCUGUUGCCUUCGUCACAGCAGCAUCGGAUGGAUCCACCGCCAGCGGGUCUCCCGAAAGACAAGUUGUUCCAGAUAUUGAUGACGACAUGGGUCCUGGAGCUUGGGCCGUCUCAGGGUACCGAACGAACCGAAGUGGAGAUCAGGCCUCAGACGAUGAGACAUAUGAUGUGGAGGCCAAUACGACUGUACCAGUCGCUAUUCUGGCAGAAGAUGACGCCAAUCUUCCAGAGGCACAACAAGACUUUGAUCACUCGGUACAGCACUUCAAGACCAAGCAGUUGAAGAAGAGGCUUGCCAUUGCUGCCUUCUUUCUUCCAACCGUUGCCCUAGUCAUUGUCAUUUCUCUUGUCCUGGCCCUCGGAAGUGGCAGUUCCUCUGAUGAAAAGACAAUGGCACCACAAAUCAACAUCUCUGAUGAAGCUCAAGCCCCCAUCGACUUGGAUGAACACGUCAAGAACUUGUUGCCGGAGGAAAGCAUCCGUGCUAUGGCGCAGAUCGAUUCACCCCAGGCCAAGGCAUUCCAGUGGAUUGUGGAAGACCAGAACCUCUUAAUGCUGUCGGAUGACCGCAUACUACAGAGGUACGCUUUGGCAACUCUAUACCAUGCCACCAAUGGAGAUGAAUGGGCACUCAAUGACUACUGGUUGAAUCACAAUGUGCACGAGUGCCAGUGGUUUGGCAAAGAUGUCUUUGCCAUGAAGAACAUGGUGGCCAAGUUCUACCCAGGAUACCUAUCCGAGUUCUUCCCGCCCACCGAAGCUCCGCCUGUGAACUGUAAUGUCAAUGGUCACUACUUGAAUCUAUGGUUGGACAAGAACAACCUAGUGGGAUAUCUGCCCCAGGAACUGUACUUGCUGACAACCCUCAAGACUCUCUCCGUUGGAUUCAACCAACUCAAGCGGGGAAUCUCAAGUCAGAUUGGACUGCUUACCUCCUUGGAGGGAGCAUCCUUUGCCAAGAUGCAAGAUGCAGGAGAAAUUCCAUCAGAACUGGGCGUGCUGACCAACUUGAAAGGCUUGAGUCUUUCCACCAGCAAUCACCAAGGCUCCAUACCCUCAGAACUUUGGCAGCUGACUAACAUGCAGACCCUUGCUCUAAGCUUCAACAAGGACCUCAGGGGCUCCCUCCCAACUAAGAUUGCAAGCAUGUCCAAGUUGAAGAUGUUCGCUAUUGCAGACACUUCUCUCACUGGCUCCAUCCCUACCGAGAUGGGUCUCCUACAGGACACUCUUGAAUGGAUUGCUCUUGGAGGGAACAGCUUGACUGGCCCAAUCCCCUCUGAAUUUGGACUCCUGACCAACAUGUUGCUGCUCUCUGCCUAUGAAAAUAUGCUGAGUGGAUCGAUCCCUACAGAGCUAGGAGAAUUGACCUUGUUUCAAUACUUUAUAGCCCUUAGGGGCAACAUGCUUUCGGGUCCAAUUCCCAGUGAGCUUGGGAGGCUGACAUCUCUCAAGCUGAGUCUGAACUUGCAUGAUAACAAACUGUCUGGGGCCAUCCCUACAGAACUUGGACGCUUGGGGGCUCUACAAGACUUUUCCGUGGACAAUAAUGUCAUCUCAGGCCAUAUUCCUUCCGAGUUGGGGCUCCUGACAUUGUCACUGGGUAUGCUUGGACUGGCCAACAACACGUUGUCUGGGACCAUUCCCCAAGAGAUGUCAUUUUUGGAACCCUUGUUGCACACGUUAAGGUUGGAGGGCAAUGCAUUCUUGUCAGGAGUGGUCCCGGACGAGCUCUGUCAGCUGAAUGCUACUUGCACUGGCCACAGUCUGUAUCCCUGCCAAGGACCGUAUGGAAUGACGUUUGACUGCAGUGACUUGCUUUGUGGCUGUGGUUGUUCGUGUGCUGCUGCUGGCAGGCUUUGA